AUGACUACGAUCGAUGUGGUGAUCAGGAUGUUGGUCGCGAUUGUGGCUGCCUAUGUGCUGAUACUGGGACCAUCUCCAUCCACAAGUGAGCCGUCCAACCACAGGUGCGGCAAAUACUCCGACGGCACAUGGGCAUACUGCGACACGGGACGCUGUUGUAGUACCAGUUACUACUGCGGUGACACUGCCGAGUACUGUAACCGUCCUGAUUGCUCCUACCAAUGUCACUUUGUGAUUGUGAAUCCUCCUACUGCUGAUUCACAAACUCGUAACUUUGAAGGAGUUGGAGUCGCACAUCUUGCCAAUGCUACGCGGAAUAACCACUAUUUGAAUGGUACCGAUGAGAAUGAUGAUGAUGGUCUUGGCAAAGUGGCGCCGGCCUACGCUUCUCCUUCUUCAUCUUCCUCGUCUUCGGCGUCACCGUUAUCGUGUGCAACUUCUCUCGCCCGCCUGUCUCUAGUUUCGCGUCACAAGUAUCCUUUUGCGGCUUUAGGAGCUCCGCGGACUCAAAACAACGUUACUGCUACCCGUUGUGGACGAUGCUUGGAGGUCACCACGAAUGUUGGCGUUGGAGGGAUUCCAAAUCAGGUGAAGGUUCGUGUUGCUCACGAACAUAACAAGCAAGGACUUGAAUUGGAUUUCAAAAGUUUCAGCCAACUCGAUACAAAUGGUAGUGGAAUUGCUAAUAGUAGUAUUUUGGUGAAGUAUAAGUUUGUCAGUUGUUGA